UCCCGUACAAACAUGCUUCAGGGGACCCAAGUAUAUUGUCUUUACGUGUCACUUAGUGACCCAUACUAUUGAGCCUUAUGGGCCAUAUAUUUGAUCUUCCAUAAGACUAGAAGCAUUGGCACAGGAAGAUAAAAACAACUGCUGACUGAAGAUAAGCAUUUUUUAAUAUUUUGCUUAGGGAAAAUAAGGCACCACCGUAAUAUUGAUGCAAGAGUAGCAAUUCUUUUUCACAAUAUGUUAAUUUAUACUCAGCGGAACAGGCUGAACUAGGGUUGUAUUAUCCCAGGCAGUAACUAAAAUGUCAGGGCUGCACGUUGGGUAGCAAGCCAUUUGACUUUCUGCCAUUAACAAGGGGCUUCCUACCAGAAAGAAUGAUGAAAGUUUAAUACAUUAGCCUGCACUUAAAUAAUGAGGAACAGUUAACUAACAAGGUUCCUGCUAUUAACUCCUCAGCCGCGGAGCAUGGGCUAAUUUAAAUGGUUAAUAUACAUAAUGCAAUCGAUCUCUUGAAGAGUCCCGAGCUGUAAAAGGUGCUGACACCAUUUCUAGCGCCUUCCAGGCUAAGGCAUCAAUUUGGAGGCCCCAGGGAUCCCACUUUUGUUCUUACUCUGACCAAUGCCCAAAACACACCAAGGAUCGGAAGCAGAAAUGGAGGAAUUCAUUGAAAUGGCACUUUCUGGUAUCAUUUGAAGUAGUCUUUGAUCAAUAAAAGUUUAAUAAUUUAUCUUUCGCUCAAUUGGUUAAAUGGACACUUCGGAAUAUAAAAAUGCCCCUGUGUAUCGGUUGUGUUUCCGAUAAAUAUUUUCCUCAUUAGUUCACAGAAACAUGUAGUAAGCAGCUGGUGACUGAUAAUAGGAUUCAAGUCGUCUUUACACUAAAGCAGCAUGAGGUAUUACUACGCACCUGAUUUGUGUCUCCCAGGUAAUCGGCUUGUGUGCAGGCAAACUCUCAGGUGUUUUCACACUAAGUGAGGAUCUACAAAACAGAGCAACAUGUGUGAUAUGGGAGCACUCGAUAAUCUAAUUGCCAAUACGGUUUACCUGCAAGCCAGGAAAAACCUGGAUGGAGAUAUCAAGGAAAUGCGAAAGAGGCAACAAUGUUUGGUUUUACCAAGCGUUCAACAAAGUGUUUCCGUGAGGCAAAGUAUUGAUAUUGCAUACAAGAAUGUGUGUGAACAACAACCAAUUGGCAAGAAGUUGUUUCAUCAGUUUACAGCUACAGUCCCAGAAUAUCAAGUUGCUGUUGAUUUUAUAAAUGAAGUUACAAACUUUUAUCUGACUGAAAAUGGGGUAAAGGACAACCUGCAGCAGAACAUUGUGACUAACUUUCUGAAACCUGAUUCCAAAAACUAUCUCUCCUUCCUCAGCCAAGAGCUGGCUGAUAAAUGUAAAGAUGCAGCAGAAAAGAACUUUGAGGAACUUCUGGCUCGGGCUCAAUCAGAAGCUGAAACAUUCCUCAUGGGACAACCUUUCCAAGACUUUCAAAACAGUCCAUUUUUUACUAAAUUCUUGCAAUGGAAAAAAUUUGAACAGGAGCCUAUAAGUGAAAAAUACUUUUAUCAAUUCAGAAUUUUGGGCAAAGGGGGAUUUGGGGAGGUGUGUGCUAUACAAGUGAAAACAACUGGCAAAAUGUAUGCCUGUAAAAAGUUAGACAAGAAACGACUGAAAAAGAAACGAGGAGAGGAAAUGGCCCUCCUUGAGAAGGAAAUCUUGGAAAAGGUGAACAGCCAAUUUAUUGUCAAUCUGGCCUAUGCUUAUGAAGACAAGAAUCACCUGUGCUUGGUCAUGACCUUGAUGAAUGGAGGAGAUCUGAAAUUCCAUAUUUACAACAUUGGAGAAAAGGGAAUCGAAAUGAACCGUGCUAUAUUUUACACAGCCCAGAUUACCUCUGGAAUCCUGCACCUUCACUCUCAGAAUAUUGUGUACCGUGACAUGAAACCUGAGAAUGUCCUCCUGGAUGACAAUGGCAACUGCAGGCUCUCAGAUUUGGGGCUUGCAGUCAGAUUGAAAGAGAACAAAGGCAUUAAGCAGAAAGCUGGAACAAAUGGUUAUAUGGCUCCAGAGAUCUUAAAAGAGGAAAAGUACAAAUACUCUGUGGAUUGGUUUGCUCUUGGAUGCAGCAUUUAUGAAAUGAUUGCUGGCCGAACACCUUUCAAGGAUUAUAAAGAAAAGGUCAGCAAAGAGGAAGUACAAAGAAGAACACUGGAAGAUGAAGUGGCAUUUGAGCACCCCAAAUUCACAGAAGAGUCAAAAGACAUUUGCAGACUGUUUUUGGCAAAGAACCCAGAAGAACGUUUAGGCUGCAGGGGAGAAAAUGAUGACCCUAGAAAUCACCCUUUCUUCAAAUCAAUUAACUUCCAACGGUUAGAAGCUAGACUUAUUGAUCCUCCUUUUGUGCCUGAACCUUCCAUGGUGUACUGUAAGGAUAUUGGAGACAUUGCUGACUUCUCUGAGGUCAAAGGUGUUGAAAUCACCGAUCAGGAUAAGCAGUACUACAAGACAUUUUCUACAGGUGCUAUCACUAUCCCCUGGCAGGAAGAAAUGAUUGAUUGCGGCCUAUUUGAUGAACUCAAUGACCCUACUAGGCGAGAGGCAAAGACAGAUGAAAUGGCAAAUGGGGCGGCGAAAUCGGGUAUAUGUCUAAUUCUGUGAAAGGGGAAAUGUCUCAAAUAACUUAUUCUUACUUUCCUGCACCUUACCCUCUCCCGACUGCCAGGAAGGAGGGAUCAGAAUUCGCUUCUGUCUCUCACUAAGAUACAGUAAAUGGAUGGCUCCUAAUGAACAACAACAGUGGAAAAAGUAACAUGCAGUAAUUAAACACCACACUGGACUUUUAGGAAAAGUGGAAACAUAUAUACCUGACACUAAAGUUGCAAAGUAAGAAAAAAUAAUUUUAAAAAUGAUUUUUCUAAAAACUGGCAUCUAUUAUUGUUGUAGUCACCUGUCAAAUAGCAUGGAGUAAAUGACAAGCAACACACAGCAAAGCUGAGCAUGCACAGAGAUACUUUUUGACUUUAUAAAUUUCUGUGAUAAAUAAUGAAAUCUGGGAAAAAGGAUCAAAUUUAGGCAAAAUGCAGCUAUUUGAAUGAUAACUCAAAAGGGUUUACUUUGGAUCUUUUUCAGUUCUGAUUUUGGUUCGGUUCUUAUUCCUGCAUUGAGCAUGGGUGAGAUUACAGGAAAUAACUCAAUUCCUGUGAGCAACCUUACCUCUCUUUGAUGGAUUAUAUGGUAGCAAGUGACAAAAUUAAGUUUGUUUCGGAGCAUAGAGUAAAAAUGAUUAUCACAGCUAGGAUUCAACUUUGGGUUUUUCAAAUGAAAAUCCAGUAGUCCAAGUGGCAAAUUAGGAAUCCAGAUGUGAUGAAUUGCAUUUCUGAGUUUAAAAAAAAAUGUAAUAGACAUAAUGUCAUUGAAAUAUGUACCUUAACAUUUUUGUGCAUUUACUAGUAAAAUAUUGAGACAAAAAGCCAA